UUUUGUCAUUUACUAAGACGAUUGAUGCCUCUUUUUUAAUCUUGUAUGUGUUAUUAGUCGUCAUUUGUAUUGAUUCUGUAGCUACGCUUAAAUAUAGACCAUGCAGCGCAGUGGGGGACAGUAAUAAACCCUUUACAAGGUCGUUGCACAGUAAUGGAACCUGUUUUCCGGAUUAACGACCGUACCAACAGGUUUAUUUGCUCAUGUGGGCCUCAGAUUAAACACGCUCUCUGAGUGAAGGGUCAAACAUCUCAGCUCAUUAACUCUCCGAGCCCGCUGAGUGCGGCUCCAGCAUCGCACUGCCCGCAGUGUGUGAUUACAGGAGGGACACUGAUGGCUGGUAAUCACGGGGAUGAAUACGCAGACGCAACCAGCUCUGGGUGUGCAUAUUGAUGAGGGAGAGGAGAGGACGUUCGCAGCGAUGUUUUGGCUCGUGCACAAUGGUUCCUAUAGGCGAGCACGCUCUGAGCCACGAGCUCCUGUCCGUGGUGCUGCUGCUGCUGAUGAUGAUGAUGCUGAUGAUGAUGAUGAUGAUGAUGAUGCUGAUGUCGUGGCUGCAGCAUCUCGUCUCCUGCACGCAACGUGCCCACAAAUGUUCCUUCCACAUAUCGGCAUGCGUCAGGAGAGGGGAAGGGGAGUGUGGGGGUGUGUGUAGCGCCCAAGACGUUUGUGUGGCGGCGGCAGUCACAAGUUUGGGUUUGCUGCCCGCCGCAAAAAAAAAAAAAAAAAAAAAAAAGAGAUAGACACAGGAGAGAGCACGUGUAGUGGGUGGUCCUCAGCAGACGACUUUCACGUGGCUCUAGCGAGCUCAGAGCCGGAGCCCGAACCGCCGAGCCGUCAGUCCGGCGCUGCAACAGCAGGAGACAACAUCAGCAUGGCUGCGGACAUGGAACCCUCGGAUGUGAUCCGCCUGAUCAUGCAGUACCUGAAGGAGAACAACCUCUACCGAACGCUGACCACCCUACAGGAGGAAACCACGGUGUCACUCAACACGGUGGAAAGCAUCGACAGUUUCAUUGCAGACAUAAAGAACGGCCACUGGGACUCCGUCCUGCUGGCCAUCGAGUCCCUCAAGUUGCCCGACAACACACUCAUUGAUCUUUAUGAGCAGGUCGUAAUGGAGCUCAUUGAAAUGAGGGAGGUGGGAGCGGCUCGCUCGCUCCUCAGACAAACUGACCCCAUGAUCAUGUUGAAGCAGACGCAGCCAGAGAGGUACAUCCACUUGGAGAACCUGCUAACAUGCUCCUACUUUGACCCCCGCGAGGCGUACCCAAAAGGCAGCAGCAAGGAGAAGCGGCGCAGAGCGAUAGCCGAGGCGCUGGUGAGGGAGGUCAGCGUGGUGCCACCUUCUCGCCUCAUGGGGCUCCUGGAACAAGUCGGCUCUAUGAGAAUACAGCAGUUUCCAGAUCAGCUCUCCCCCGACAUGACCAUUGAGACUUCUGGCACCAAGAGACUUUUGGAGAAAGAGACCUUUCCAACCCAGCUGUACCGCCACAUCAAGUUUGGACGACGGUCACAUGUGGAGUGCGCCCGUUUCUCGCCUGAUGGCAAAUACUUAAUCACUGGGUCGGUGGACGGGUUCAUUGAGGUGUGGAACUUUAACACUGGGAAAAUCAGUAAGGAUCUAAAGUACCAGGCCCAGGACAGCUUCAUGAUGAUGGAUGAAGCCGUGCUGUGCAUGUGCUUCAGUCAGGAUACAGAUCUGCUGGCAACUGGAGCUCAGAAUGGCAAAAUAAAGGUGUGGAAGAUCCAGAGCGGCUUGUGCCUGCGCAGGUUCGAGCACGCCCACAGCAAAGGUGUGACCUGUCUGAGCUUCUCCAAGGACAACAACCAGGUCCUCAGCGCCUCCUUCAACCAAACCAUCAGAAUCCAUGAACUGAGGUCAGGCAAGACACUAAAGGAGUUAAAUGGCCAUUCGUCAUUUGUAAAUGAUGCAUCUUUCACUGAAGAUGGACUUCACAUCAUCAGUGCUUCGUCUGAUGGCACAGUCAAGAUUUGGAGCACAAAAUCCGGCGAAUGCAUCAACACAUUCAAAUCUCUGUCCAGGACAUCAGAAGUCCCCGUCAACAAUGUGAUUCCCCUGCCCCAAAAUCCAGAGCACUUUGUGGUUUGUAACCACUCGAACACGGUGGUCGUCAUGAACAUGCAUGGUCAGACUGUGAAGACAUUCAGCUCAGACAGAAAGGAGGCAGCCGACUUUGUGUGUUGCACCCUGUCACCGCGCGGGGAGUGGAUCUACUGUGUGGGCGAGGACUUCGUGCUGUACUGCUUCAACUACACGACGGGAAGGCUGCAGAAAACGCUGACCGUUCACGAGAAAGAUGUAAUUGGUAUCGCUCACCACCCACACGAGAACCUGAUUGCCACAUACAGCGAGGAUGGCCUCCUGAGGCUAUGGAAACCGUGAACUGUCGCCUGCACUGCAGCAUGGUGGACCCAGAGAGCCCUAUGCAUGGUUGCAAAGCAAUUCAUUUAUUUCUAUGUAAUAAAUAUACAUGGAUCAAUAGAACACCUUUUCAAGUGGAUAACAGUAAUCCAUCAGUAUAUUCUGAAACAGUUAACUGAUUGAGAGAACAAUCUUACCACAAGGUCCACUGAGUAGGUUUUCUGAAGCUUUAGGUCAAAUAACGUCAUCAGCAGACGGGUCUAAGUUUCAUCCAAUCAGAGCUGGAUCAGAGCUCUUUAAGGACUCUUGUCAAUGUUGGCAAGAAUAACCGAGGUUCAGCAUUUAUUUUUGAACUCAGAACCAACAGGUUAGAAAACAAUCAAUUACAACACAUAACAGAAGAACUGCUAAAUGGAGCCUGGAGUUAAUUUUUUUUUUACUGAUCCGCUGCUUUUUAAGGUCAAGCGUACACUCGGAAAUACUGCAACUAAUCAGUCUUUUUCAAUGGAUCAUGAUUGUAAUUUGUGCUCGUCACUUGAACGUUUCAGCAAGUUCAGGUGGGUGUUCGUGGUGAGGAGGAAUUACAUAGAUUUUGCUACAUUGUGGGAAAGUGGAAAAAUGAUGCAGUUAACAAAUGUAGAAGAGGCAGGUUGGUAAAUCAAAAAAGAAAAAUAAGAAAAAAAAAAGGUAACGUGAAGGCUGUUUUUGUUUUAAUGUUCAAUAUUCACUAAAUCUCAUUAAAGGAAAAAAACCAACUAUACUUUCCAAGUUCCAGAACUUGUUAACUGCAUCAAUUCAGUGUUGUGUCUCUGAAUUUCUUGACAAUAAGUAACAAAUAAAGCAUACUGUUGAUCUCAUUUAGAAAUUCAUAAUUGGGUUUUAAUUAGGUUAGUCUAUUUUUUAAUAUAAAUAAUCUAUAAAAUGUAUAUUUUUUAAUAAUUAAUGUCUUAAUUAAUUAAGGUCCUUGCUUUACGAACUUUUGCAGGGCUGUCUUGGUCCUCCAUACAAUAAAAAACACACACUUCCUCAUGGAUCCAGCUUCACCAGUGCAGUUUGAAUCCCCAUUUUCAUCUCUUCUGUCUUUAUUAGACAUGAAAAUGCAUGAUGGUGAACUGUCGUGAAAAUAUUUAUAAUAAACAGCGCCUCUUGUUUGGGCAUUAAACAAACAAUAUCAGGUAUAUAUGAUUGGUCAGCUUUGGUUUAUAAUAAUACUUUUGUAACUUGGAUUCAACGACUAUGAUUCAGAUGUGAUGAUUCUGUGUUGUCCUCUUUGUCCCCUGCAUGCUACCUCAGUGCACUGUCUAAACGUGGCUCUAUAAUAAUUUUAGUACUCCCUAAAAAUAUGCAUGACGACUAAAGUUAAACCUCAGUGGAGCUCCAGUGACACAUUCUGUAUCCUGUGCGUAUACAAUAAGUGUGUUUUAACGUGGUUACAUUAUCGUUAGUUUGUUGCACUGACUGUAAUAAAUGUUCCCGUGCAUCAGUAGGACGUGUAUGCCUGCAAGAAGGAGAACUAUUUAUUAUUUGUACAACAGUAUCUAGUACUAUCACCUGUCAUCCAUAUAUCACUGUUGCAAAAAAUGAUGUGAAGACAUUACUCCCUAUUUUCUAUAUUCAUUACGUUGUAUAUAUUGCCAGUCAUGUCAUACAUGAUUAUCAAUAAAAUUCAAAAACCUUUUCCAGUUGCCAGUGUGUGUGUGUUGUUAUACAGUAAGUAACGGUACUGUUCUCUUUGGAAGCAUAUUGCUGCCACACAGGAAAAAACAAAAUAUUGUCACAAAAUAUUACUGUUCUAACAGGAUCAUUUUCACCUGUAUUGAAAAAGAUUUAAGGUAAAUCUUAGCAACAAUACUAUAAUCACAAGAAAAGCUGUACCUGAAAAUGAAAAUAUCUUGAUAUGAUGUGAACAUUUCUUUAUAGAACCCCAAAGUCAUCUCAUGUCAUGGUCUGUAAACGCUUUAUCCCUUUAUCAAGGGGUCGCGGGGUACGAGGUUCCUAAAAGUGAGUGACUGAAAAAAUAUGAAAUCUGAAACAAAACAUUUUUCUUUACAUUGAAAUAUGAGAUAUUUUGAAAUGUAGUCAACAUCACAGCAUCUAUACACAAACUGGAAUAUGUAAAUCAAGAAGUCAUUGAAAACCUUUUGUACAACAUUUGUACAACCUCCAGAUGUUAACUUCUUCAUCUUCAUAUGCAUUUAUUUUGUAGACUUCGUCUGUGACUAACCCUUUUUUUUAUAUUGAUUCUGUAAUUAUUGACUGUUUGGUCAAUAGUCAUCAAUGUCCGGAAAUUAUGUUUUCCAAAUUUUAUUUUGUCCAACCGACAGUCCAAUACCCAAAGAUACUCGGGAACACCACGGUAAGAAGGUAAGAUGGUUGACAGUUCUCCCACGAGCUCUCACGUACUGUCACAUCUCCUGUUGUCAAACUAUGAGCGCAGGACUCCAUGUUCCGGGACCAUCCCAGGUCCAAGGAACGCUUUCUUUCCCUCAGCUGUCACCUUGUUGAGCUCUGCAACCACAGUGAUACCUCCAACACACUUGUAGUGUUUGUAUUCACAUUCCCUCAGUGAGAAUGUGAAAACAGUAAAAAAGAGACGAGAUUUGUCGAUUGUCCUUUGGCAUGGCUGAAAGCCAGCAGAAGACCACUUCUGGGUCAGUGUUUUAGAAUUACAGAAUUUUUUUUUUUUUUUUUUACAUUUGAGAUAAUUAACAUCAUCGUAGUACAAAAUAAAAGGCUGCUUGACAGAUUGUUUUUACGAGAGAAAAGGUAGAGGUUGUAGGCAUCAUCAGGAGGAGGUAAAACCAAAGACGCUUCCUUCUUCACCUGUAAUGCUGCUCUUAAAUAUCUUAAAAAUAUCAGUGCUUAGAAAAAUAAACAUCAGUCACACAAAGUCAUUCUGCAACUUACAGAGACCAUAAAACAGAAUUUAAUUGGAAAACAUGAGCAUGAACAUGUAGAUCAUUGGUCCUAACAGGCAUACAGUCAAAUUAAGAACUUGACAACACUUAUUUGAACUGAACUUCGAGUUGAGUUCCCCUGACAUUAUGAGUACCCAUAACUUUGCAUCAAGAACAGCUGUCCAACUGUUCCAGGGAUCUCACUUGUGCUGAGCAUAGUUGUGUUUUUUUUCUCUCUCCUAACAAUAACCAAAGGCAAAGUCACCACAGAAUGAAAUGUAGCAUCAAGCUAAAGUCAUGAUAAGGCCUUCAAACAGGCAGACACUUCAAUGAGGUAUCAGGUGUGGCGAUUUUAAGUCCCUCCAUAACCUCCCAAUGACCCAUUUGGCAUUUGACAAUUACGAAAUAUAAAGCAUGACAAAUGACACCAUUAAUAGCUUGUUGGCCAACACAAGCGAAAACCCAUCAACGGGUUUAACUUGCAAAGUGAUUAAAAUUUGUAAUUGUAAAUCUAAAUAAUGCAACUCUAAUUUAUUCUAAAAAAUUUAAAAUCACAUACCAGAAAUAAUCAACUCAACAUUUAAAACAACACCUUGGACAUAUGCCACUCUGUUUGUGUAUAACUUGGGUGCAGCUUGGCACUUCUUAAAGAGAGGGAAAGCAUCAAGGCAGUAACAGCCUGUUACAACAAGCAGGUUUACCGAUUUCUCCGAAUAACUUUAAAUAAAACUCAAAACCGCAUUAAGACAUAAUUAUAAAAUCACAUUAAGCUCUUCUAAACCCUCCCCAAUCUGUUAACUGUUCCAAAAUAAAGUGCCUUCUUACUAAUCAUUGACCUUUUGUUUGUGAACACCUGCCUAUAUCAGACUGUGCUGUAUAUACAUGAGGUUUCCAAAACAUAAUGAAAUGUGCGGCACCAUCACAGGAAACAGAUUGCAGCAACAUAAUAAACUAAAUAUAAAUAUAAGUUUGAAUGCUCUACAAUUAAGUGGCUUGAACCUAUGUACUGCCACGCCUGCAUCAUUAUUAUCUUUUGUCACAUUUUAAUGAUUGUUUUAGAAUGUUUAGAAAAUAGCCCUUGAAAGGGUAAAACAGCAGAAAUGUUUAAACUCAAGUCUAAAUACACAAGGCUCCCCACACCUACCUGAACACUAGGUCUUCUCUCUCACACACACACACACACACACACAAACAUAUUGAACAAGUCACCAACAAGUGGUCCACAACAACAGCCGAUUUAGUAACACUGUAAAAAAGGUUAUUUUCAUAUUAACAUUGGCAUCCGUUUUAGUGUUCCUGCAUGUAAAAGCAGGCAGUCUUUGCUUAGACAAAGAAGUUUUUCUUUUUUUUAUGAAGCCCCUGUCGAAGCAGCCCUCUCAUCUCUCAUCACAGUGUGACUGGAAAAA